AUGGACUACUCCGCGCUCGCCUCCGACACCGGCGGAUUCGGGGACGACCCCACCGAGCAGCCCUUUGCCGUGCAGCACGCCUCCUACACCCCCCACGAUGACACCGACCCGCCGUUCACGCCGGGCCCGUUCAACCCAAGCAUGGACGACCACGGCGGCUUCGGGCAGCCCCAGCAGCACCAUCAGGACGAUGGCUUCCUCAGUCCUGGCUUUGCCCCAGAGACGCCCCGCUUCCCUGUCCAGGCCCCGCAGCAGGAGCGGCAGCAGGAGACCCCCCAGCAGCACCACCAUGAGGAGGAGGUCGAGCACCCCCCGCAGCAGCACCACCAGGAGGAGCAUCACCAGCACCCGCAACCUCGGCAGCAACAACCCCCGCAGCAGCCCCAGCAGCAGAACCGCCCGCAGCACCGUCUCCAGGCAAAGAUCACCGCCCUCGAACGCACCGGCCGCAAGGACCUCAUCCUCAAAUUCGACGUCCACACAAACCUGCCCAAGUUCCGCACGACGCAGUUCCGCGACGUGCGCCGCACGCACCCCGAGUUCCAGAAGCUGGCCAACCACCUGCUCAGCAGCAACCCGGAGUGCAUCGUGCCGGCCGUGCCGCCGCCCGCCACCAGCGCCGGCGUCGGCACCGAGGAGGACGAGGCCCGCGUCAAGGCCGCCAUGCAGCGCUGGCUCAACACCGUCUGCAGCAACGACGUGCUCAUCCGCGACGAGGAGAUUGUCUUCUUUGUCGAGUCCGACUUUGGCUACAGCCCCGUCGUCCGCCGCAAGCAGCCCGCCACGGGCGUGCGCCGCCGCGUAAUCAAGCAGUUUGCGCCCCCGCCCGACGACACUCCGGAGCUGGAACAAGCCCGCCCCGUCGUCAAGGCCUUCUACCUGGGCACCAUGGAGACGGGCCAGAAGGUCGACCGCGUCGUCAAGUCGCGGCGCGGCGUCGGCCUCGCCGAGUCCGAACUCGGCAUCCGCCUCUUCGCCCUCUCCCAGACCGAGACACACCAAGGCAUGUCCAACGCCUUCCGCAAGCUCGGCAAAACCAUCCAAUCCGUCGGCGACUACCACGCCGCGCAGGCCACCGCCGAGGCCACAACCCUCGGCGACCCCCUCAACUACCACUCCUCGGACGCCUUCAUCGUCAAAGAAACGCUCACCAACCGCCAAAUCCUCAUGCGCGAGCUCGAAGCCGCCCGCAAGGACACGCGCUCAAGGCUCCAGACCGUCGAGGUCCUCAAGUCCAAGGGCGCCCUCAAGCGCGACAAGGUCGACGAGGCCCUGCAGGCCCUCGAGGAGGCAAAGGGCACCGAGACCCACCUCGAAAACAAGGUCAAGCGCGUCACCACAAACCUGGUCCUCGAGCGCCGCCGCUGGUUUGCGCGCACGGCCCGCGAGACCAGAAUGAGCAUCCGCGACUACUGCCUGCGCCAGAUUGAGGCGGAACGGCGCACGCUGGCCACGCUGGAGAGCGUGAGGCCGGACAUCCGCGCUAUUGAUGCGAGCGGCGGGUUGAGCCGCUUGGGGCGCGAUGCGCCGCCGGCGAGUCGGAGGGCUAGCCUCAGGGUGAGUCAGGGGCCGGCGGGGGAUGCGUGGAGUGGGGUGCAGCGGGUGCCGGGGGUGCAGCGGGUGCCGGGUGGGCUAGGUGGAUUGGGGGGGAUGGGCGGGUUGGGGGGCGAGGGGAAUGGCGUGGGGGGGGUGGUGAAGGAGGUUGAGGAGGAGGGGCUGGGCGUGGGGGAUGAGGAUAGGCUUGAUGCGAAGAAUGCGGCGAGUCGGUUGGCGGGGAGUACGUUUUAG